GGCGCGCGCGGGGAGCCCCUCCCCUGGGGCGGGUCGAGGCGCCCUCCCGGCCGCGCGUUGCGGAGCAGAGACCUGCCGCCUGCAGUUCGCAGAAGCGCUUGCAGAACGGGUGGGAAGCCGCGGCGCAUCAGCGGGUCUCCGGAGCGCGUGGGCGGGGGCCCUGCGGGUCCGCGCGGCUCAGUUCCCGGGAAGCGCCCGCCGAGCCGGAGCCGGCGCUGGGCCCUGCGGCCGCCGCAGCCCGAGGCCCAGGACGGGGAGGAAAAUUCAUCCAAGGAUGGUCUCCCGCUCAGAGCUGAGGAAGCUUUUCUCCUCAGCAGACGCAGUGUGUUUUGAUGUCGACAGCACAGUCAUCAGAGAAGAAGGAAUUGAUGAGCUAGCCAGAAUCUGUGGCGUUGAGAACCAGGUGUCAGAAAUGACGCGGCGAGCCAUGGGCGGGGCAGUGCCUUUCAGAGAAGCUCUCACGGAGCGCUUAGCCCUAAUCCAGCCCUCCAGGGAGCAGGUGCAGAGACUCAUAGCAGAGCAACCCCCACACCUGACCCCCGGCAUAAGGGAGCUGGUAAGUCGCCUACAGGAGCGAAAUGUUCAGGUUUUCCUAAUAUCUGGUGGCUUUAGGAGUAUUGUAGAGCAUGUUGCUUCAAAGCUCAAUAUCCCAGCAACCAAUGUGUUUGCCAAUAGGCUGAAAUUCUACUUCAACGGUGAAUAUGCAGGUUUUGAUGAGACGCAGCCAACAGCCGAAUCUGGUGGAAAAGGAAAAGUGAUUAAACUUUUAAAGGAUAAGUUUCAUUUUAAAAAACUCAUCAUGGUUGGAGAUGGAGCCACAGACAUGGAAGCCUGUCCUCCUGCUGAUGCCUUCAUUGGGUUUGGAGGAAAUGUGAUCAGGCAGCAUGUCAAGGAUAACGCCAAAUGGUAUAUCACUGAUUUUGCAGAGCUGCUGGGAGAACUGGAAGAAUAGCUUCUGCUGUUAACAGCUUCAGAUGAUUUCCAAACGCUUUGCAGACUGAUGCUGUUUGCUUACAACUGCCCGUGACAACCCGAUACAGAAGGUUGCUAUGAUGAUCUGUACUUCCAAGUCAACUACAGUUAGGACUCCUAGAAGGCUGCUUUUUUUUUACCUGUAGUUCCAGUAUUACAUGAUGAUUAUUACUUUCCUGGAGAGUUUUGUAAUCUGAAUUGUUUAUGUGUGUUCCUAGCUAUAUUUCAUACAAAGCGCUUUAAAGGUGGAGAGUCCAUUAAACAUCUUUACUCUGAGAAA